AUGGAAGACACAGCGGAUCUGCCAACAGAAGCUGGUCUAGAUGCUAUUUUCCAUAACAAACCACCUGACAUCCCGGCUGUAUUCAACCGGCCAGAUCAUCAACUAGUGGAGGAUAUGGACCUUGGUGUUCGCGACAAUAGGGAUCACGGCGCGGCGUCUAAAUCCUUUCAACGCGCCCUCAAACAAUUUGUUCGAGAUUUCACCCCCCAAAUAAUCUGUAUUCUUGAACCUAAAAUUUCUGGGAACCAGGCUAACGUAAUCUGCUCCAAGUUUGGCUUCGAGGAAUGGCUUAGAGUAGAGGCAGUGGGGUUUUCUGGAGGAAUUUGGGUUCUUUGGAAAAAUUGUAUAUUAGAGGUACUCCACACUCAUCCACAGUUUGUUGUAUUGCAGGUACAAGAUGGACAAAGGGAACCAUGGUAUUUUGCAACCGUAUACGGGAACCCAAACUACAUUCUAAAAAGGAAGUUGUUUGCCAACCUCACCCAGAACAGGCUGGGCAUCCAAGGAGCAUGGCUCCUAUCAGGGGACUUUAACUCGGUCGUAGACAGCAGUGAAGUGAGUAAUCAUGAAUACUUGUCAACAACCCGCUGUGCGGACUUUAAUGAAUGGAUAUUCAAAGAAGGCCUCAUCGACCUAGGCUACAUAGGCUCUAAGUAUACAUGGUCAAGAGGUCAGGACUCAAAUACCUUUAGGGGAGCCAGGCUUGAUAGGGGUCUCAGUAAUGCAGACUGGAAACUACGGUUCUCAGACGCUUAUGUCGAGCACCUACCGAUGAUUGCUUCAGACCAUUGCUCAUAA